UCGUUUAGUUUAAUCUCAGCUCAGUUGAGAACCCCACCGUUUUUGGAUAAACCAGAAGCGGAAAACCAAGAGCCACUUCAGAGUGAGUAAAACUCUUAUGCAUGACCACCGAACAGUGAAAACGCAGAGCAAUGGCCUCCACAUGGUGGGGGCAGCUCUCUAUGUCGGUGGAUAAUGGCACUGUCCAUGUGGACAACAGUAGCUGUUUCAGUGCCACGCAGAGCACUGUGCUGAAGGGGGUGAAUUUCGGAGGUGUACCCAUCGUUCUAAUGCUCGAUUGUAUAGUCUUCCUGGUGCUGCUAUUGGUCUUCACUGUGAUCAGAAGGAGACUGUGGGAUUAUGGGAGACUCGCUCUUGUUGCAGAGACCGAAGGAGACUUCAGUAAACGACAUUACCGUAGAAUGACAUCAUCCGUAUCCAUUGAGGAGCCUGAGUACGAGAAGGGUUGCUGCUCUUGGGUCACCUUUAUCGUCAAUAUGGAUGAGUCUACAGUCCAGGAGAGAUGUGGGGUGGAUGCAGUACAUUAUCUGUCAUUUCAGAAGCACUUGAUCUCCCUGCUCUUGCUCAUCUGUGUGCUGUCUGUGUCCGUCAUCCUACCAGUCAACCUGUCCGGGGACCUGCUGGGCAAUGAUCCAUACAGUUUCGGGAGAACCACCAUAGGGAAUCUUAAGCAGGGUGAUAAGCUGCUUUGGCUGCACACUGUAUUUGCUGUUUUAUAUCUCAUGAUCACGGUGGCCCUGCUGAGACGCCACACCUCUAAAAUGAAGGGAACCAAGAGAGAGAUAGCCAGAAACACCCUGUUUGUGAGGUCUGUACCCACUGCAGCCAGCGAUGAGAGUAUAAAAACUCAUUUUGUGGAGGCAUACCCUACUUGUCAAGUGACUGAAGUUAACUUGUGUUAUGACGUUGCCAAACUGAUUGACCUGGACAGAAACAGAAAACGGGCAGAAAACAACCUGCAGCAUUACCGUAAGCUACUCGAUCGCCAGGGACAACGUGGGGUCAUCAACCCGCGCCCAUGCAGCCACCUGUGCUGCUGCUGCCACUGUGAGGGGUGUGAAAAGGUUGAUGCUAUAGAGUUCUACAGCUCACAAGAAGCUGCUUUGAUUGAGGAGGAAGAUAAACUAAAGGAGAGUAGGCUGUCCCCUCUGGGCAUGGCAUUUGUCACCCUCCAAAAUGAGUACAUGGCCGCUUAUAUUCUGAAAGAUUUCAACGCUCUAGACUGUGGAGGCGGGACAAGGGGUGUGGUCGGAGAAGAAAUGGGUGGGGGAAUCACGUGCGGGUGUGGCCGAGAGCCUCAGCCGUCCUCUAAGAGUGCAGAGCUGAGGGUGCACAAAUGGAAAGUGUAUUACGCUCCUCACCCUCAUAAUAUUUACUGGGAGAAUUUGUCAUUACGUGGGUGGCGUUGGUGGCUACGCUGUGUGCUUCUGAAUGUUUCACUCUUCUUCCUCCUCUUCUUCCUCACAACACCCUCCAUCAUCAUCACCACCAUGGACAAGUUUAAUGUCACCAAGCCCAUUCACUAUCUGAACAGUGCCGUUAUAAGCCAGUUCUUUCCCACUCUUCUACUGUGGACCUUCUCUGCCCUGUUGCCCACUAUAGUGUAUUACUCUACACUGGGAGAAUCUCACUGGACCAGGUCUAGUGAGAAUAUGAGCAUGAUGUACAAGCUCUACAUAUUUCUGAUCUUCAUGGUGUUGAUUUUGCCAUCACUGGGUCUCACCAGUCUGGACGUGUUCUUCCGCUGGUUGUUUGACAAUUCGUCUGAGGGAAAGCUGAGGUUUGAGUGUGUGUUUUUACCAGAUCAGGGGGCGUUCUUUGUAAAUUACGUGAUCACAGCGGCUCUGGUGGGCACAGGCAUGGAGCUGCUGCGGUUGCCAGGGUUACUGCUCUACAUCGUGCGUCUGGCACUCGCCCAUUCGGCUGCUGAGAGGAAAUAUGUUAAACAGAAUCAGGCAUACGAGUUUCAGUACGGGGCUAUGUACGGAUGGACUCUGUGUGUGUUCACGGUCAUCAUGGCGUACAGCAUCACCUGUCCUGUCAUCGUCCCUUUCGGUCUGCUGUACUUGUUGCUGAAACACCUGGUGGACAAACACAACCUGUACUUCGCUUACCUGCCCGCCCGCCUUGACCGGCAAGUUCACCUGGGAGCUGUCAAUCAAGCGUUGGCUGCACCAAUCAUAUGCUUGAUGUGGCUUUAUUUUUUCUCUGUGCUCAGGACAGGCUUCAUGGCAGUCACGUCACUGUUCACACUAGUGGUUCUGUGCGUCACCAUCUUUAUCUGUAUAAGCUACACUUGCUUUGGACACUUCAAAUACCUCAGUCCCCACAACUACAACAUUAAGGAGGAAGAUGAAGACGCUGCAUCAUCAUGUUCAUCGGUGUAUCUUCCUAAAGUUCUGAACCCAGACGCAUCGUCUUCUGAUGAGUGCAGCACUCGGCAAUCUUACGGCACGACAGACACAAGCCCGCCUUUUCUCAGCACUGAGGAAGACUGUCCAAACUCUGAUAUCUAACAACAAUUAUCAGUCUACAUGUAGACUGAUCCGACUGCCCUUUGGAGGAAAUGGUUCUUGCCAUAUUGGCGUUUGGAGGUCAGUGGAGAUGGAGGGGGAUAUACUUUUGAAAAAAAUCACUCAAGCUUUUUUCUUUUUUUUUUUCCCUCAUGCACACUGAGAACAAUGAGGAACGUUUAAUCAUAAACUGCCAUAUAACAAAUGCAAAAGAGCUUUUUGGGAAUAAUUUCUUCUAACCAAAGAAAAACUCUGCCAAUCAAACACGCUGUCCAUACAUUUCUACAUCACAAAAGCAACUUUGCCAAUGAGCACUUGCCAAGGAGUACAAAUAUAACUUGAGCAGAUCAAAGCGCACAUGAAUCAUGGCACUCGUGCCUUGUUGGAAACAGCUUAACAUACUUUAUAACUGUAAUUUGUGUGUGUGUGUGUGCAUGCGCGAGAGAGAGAGAAGAAUGUACAUAUUGAUUGUUAUUCUUAACGUUUUCUGUUUAAAUCAAAGUUUUGUAUACAUAUGUUAAUAUAUUGAUAUUGAUAUUGAGCUCAUGGCUCAGUGGCCGUUCAUUAGUCAUUCUAUAAUUUAGGGUAUAUUUCACAUCAGCAAAACAUGUGUAAAAACAACAUGCUUUCUCAAUAAAACAGCUAUUGGUUUCAGUUUAUAUAGGGUGUUUAGGUAGUAAUAUAGUAAUAUAGUUUUUGCGGACAUUAAUAAAAUUGAUAUAUUUUCUUAUUUGAAAGAAAAUUGAAUUAAACUCAAAUCUAUUUUUCUAAGGUGUUUAGAUUGUAGAAAUACAUUUUAACUCAAUCUAUUUUUCUAAGGUAUUUAGAUUGUAGAAAUAAAUUUAAUAUGGAUGAACAUUUUUUUAUCCAUUAUUUUGAACUCGAUGCCCCCUCUCCAAAAUGUGGACAUUGCAAAAACUGUGAUUUAAGGGAUACAAAGGCAAUGUCAAGCAAACUGAAAAACUGUAUGCAUAAAAUAUCGGUGUGACAUUAUAGUGUGCAUUCUCUUAAUGGACAAAAUAUGAAAUGUCAAGAUUUGUUUUUUUAUCAGAGGACAUGAAAUGUACCCUAAAUUGUAGAAUGACCCAUUUGUGUGUCUUCUUGUGUAUAUAUGGUUUAUGAGGACACAAAUGUGUAUAAUGACAGGUAUUUCAACGUCAACAUGGUUUAUGGUUUACUUCCUGGGACCCCAUAAAUUGUGUGUGUGUGAAAGAAUGAAUAGAAUGUAUUUGGCUCAUAAGUGGCUUUUUGAAGGCUUCAUCACUAGGUGGCGCUGUUGCUUUCUGAUUGUUCUUGGACUUAGAGCAAUGGCAUAAUGUCAAUUUCCAGAGAAAAAGAAUUGUGCAAAGAUUGAAUUUACAGUAAGGCACUUAGAAUGACGCAAACAGGGCAAUGCAUAAACCUUAAAAUGCACACUGCUUCGAAAGUACAGCCUCAAUACUUACGCAUUCAUGAGACUAGUGUGAUAUCACUUGCUAUGUAAAGUUCAACUUAAGUGUCCUGACCACAUAAUGCCUGUAAACCCGGUAACUUUUGCAUGAUAUCCGCAAGUAUACCAGAAAUAGACUGUUUACAUGGAGCAAAUUCUAGUUUGCAAAUUUAUACACCUAGAAAAGUGUUCCUGUGUCAAAGGAUUAUUUAGAAAACAUUGAUCAGAAACAGGGCUUUGCUAAAAAAAAGUUACAUUUCUCCUUUUAACUGUAAUGCAAAGGGAAGAUGUUGUGUGUAUAUGAAGAGAAACUGUUGAUAUGGUUCCUGUGCAUGUGUUUUAGUUCUGUAUUAAUUAUAUGAUUGGAACAGAAA